AUGCCUACCGCGAUGGAGAGCUCGGACAUCUCCAGCUCCGAAGAGCAUGAGCAUGCGCCCAGCGGCACAACAGAUGAACCUCACCUCGUCGUUCGCCUGAUUCAAUGUCAUCACUGCGCCCGCCCCUUGCGCACCCCGCUCCGACUUCCAUGCGGCAAUACCGUGUGUCGGGAAUGUUUACCCCCGGUCCGACAGCGGACUGGUAUUACAUACCCCGUGGCUGAGGGGAGGGAGCAGGGGUUUACAUGUUACUGGGAAGGGACUGACAGGUGUGUUGGGGAGCAUUGUGUUGGGGAUUGUGGUGUUGAUGUUCUGCUUGGGAAGUUGGUGGGUGUUUUUGGGGAUGUACUCGCCGGGCCAGAGGACAACAUCUCUCAAAUUGAGUCAAAUAAUGACGGUCGAAGAGUCCUAUGGAGGUCCAGUGAGAAGAGUCGGUUUGAAAGCGCAAAGCUGAAGCGGCGUGGGUGGCUAGAGGGUAUUUAUGCAUUGGCACUGGAAGGUCGGUUUCUUUCUGAUGCCUCCGAGGUGGUCUAUGAUCCCCAGGUUUCGGAUGGAAGUGCAGAAUCGCGAGAUCUCGUUCAAUAUCAAGCAUUGCGGGACAGCCUACGUGCCGAGCUUGACUGCCAGGUCUGCUAUGCGCUCAUUCUGGACCCGAUUACUACUCCCUGCGGUCACACCUUCUGCCAGAAAUGUGUCGUGCGAGUACUGGACCAUACUGAUUUGUGUCCAAUCUGUCGCCGAAAGCUUGGCAUGCCAACUUCCUUGAAAGAAGAGCCUAUGAACAGGACCAUAACGCACCUGAUCGAUCAAUUCUUCCCUGAACAGAUCGCAACUCGGCGGGAAACUGUCGCCCAGGAUGAGAUGGGCACGGAUUACGAGAAGAAUCUACCACUGUUCGUGUGUACGCUGUCGUUCCCUACGAUGCCUACUUUCCUUCAUGUCUUCGAGGGUCGGUACAGACUUAUGAUUCGACGGGUCGUCGAAAAUGGAAAUGGAAAGUUCGGUAUGGUCAUGGUAAACCGCCGUGGCCGGACGCAGCCAGGGCAGCUGGAGAAUGUCCCUUUCAUGCAGUACGGGACACUGUUAAUGAUCGAACGCUAUGAGUUGCUUCCAGAUGGCCGCAGCCUCGUGGUGGCUACAGGCAUUUCGCGGUUCAAAAUUCUAGAAUCUUCAAUGCUCGAUGGAUAUCAUGUUGCCAGAACAGAGCGCGUGGAUGAUAUUUCGUUGGCGGAAGAAGAGCGGCUCGAGUCGAUGGAAACUUCGGCAGCAAGUACAGAGCUCUCCUCAGAAGGGAGUGCCCCUGAGCCUUCAUUGGAUUCUAUGUCAACUCAGGAGCUCCUCCUCUUAGCAAGAGAAUUUCUCACAAACCAACGCAGGUCAGGUGCACCUUGGCUGCAUCCGCGCGUCAUGUUAGCAUAUGGACCCAUUCCCACAGAUGCAUCCCGCUUUCCUUGGUGGUUUGCCAGCAUCUUGCCUAUCUCCGAGGAAGAGAAGUAUCAGAUCCUCUCUGCAACCAGCGUUCGUGAGAGAUUGAAGGUCUCGGCAAAAUGGGCGAGGCAACUCGAAGCUCGGGACUGGUGGGUUCAGCAGCUGCCCUCGAUUUUCGCUUCUUGA